UUGAUAUUACAGAAAAUGGUGUGGAUUCAAUGAAACUCGUUGGAGUCCAAUCACGACAGUGAUAGAGAAUGAACAAAAGAGAAGGAAUCAAGAACUCAGCAAACUUUUCCAUCGCCUUCAGUUCAGACGUUUGAAUUUCAGAGCCGCAUAACUAGCUUUACUUGGUGUGGGGAACUUCUUCGUAAGAAGUCUGAGUCGGUUCUUAUGGAAGCGGACAAUUCUCUCCAGUCUAUCUUGUACAAGCGUGGUUCGCUUCAGCUUCUUGAUCAGAGAAAGCUUCCUCUGGAAAGCAUAUACUUGGAAAUUCGGGAUGCCACAGAUGGAUGGUCUGCAAUAAGGGAUAUGGUGGUCCGUGGUGCACCUGCUAUUGCUAUUGCAGCUGCCCUAUCCCUGGCAGUUGAAGUAUUCAAUUUAGAGGCUUUUAAUGGAACGACUGAUGAUGCUGCUCUCUUUCUAAACAAGAAGUUGGAAUAUCUUGUCUCAAGCCGCCCAACUGCAGUGAACCUUUCAGAUGCUGCUACAAAACUCAAAGAAGUUAUAUCAAUGGCUGCUACUGCUGCUUCAGAAGCACGCAGCAUUUUUCAGGCCUAUAUAGAAGCUGCUGAAAUUAUGCUCAAGGAUGAUGUUGGUUCAAAUAAAGCAAUUGGGUCUCAUGGGGUAAGUUUUCUUCACCAUCAGCUGAAGAACUCUAAGAAGCUUUCUAUCUUGACUCAUUGCAACACUGGCAGCCUUGCAACCGCUGGAUAUGGUACUGCCCUUGGUGUGAUCCGUGCUAUUCAUUCUGAAGGAUUGUUGGAAAGGGCAUAUUGCACUGAAACCCGUCCAUUCAACCAGGGAUCUAGACUCACAGCUUUUGAGUUGGUGCAUGAUAACAUACCUGCCACUCUUAUAGCAGACUCGGCUGCGGCUGCGUUGAUGAAGGAUGGACGAGUGGAUGCUGUCAUUGUUGGAGCCGAUCGUGUAGCUGCAAAUGGUGAUACUGCUAACAAGAUUGGAACUUACAGCCUUUCCUUGUGUGCAAUGAAUCAUCACAUUCCAUUUUAUGUGGCCGCACCUCUGACAUCGAUCGAUUUAUCCCUUUACUCUGGAAAAGAGAUUGUUAUAGAGGAAAGAUCCCCAAAGGAGUUGACACACUCACGUGGAGGACUUGGGGAACAAGUUGCUGCAUCUGGAAUCUCUGUCUGGAACCCGGCUUUUGAUGUCACCCCUGCUAAUCUGAUCUCUGGUAUCAUAACAGAAAAGGGUGUCGUUACAAAGGUUAGCAGUGAUGCUUUUGACAUAAAGGAUUUCAUAGAAAAGGCAGCCAAGUAAUCUAGCACAGCGGAUAGAUCACUUAUUGGAAAGCGUACCGCCGUACUAAAACAAGGAUGUUGAGAAAAUACCUCGAGUGUUCGAUGUGAAAAACUCGAGUAGUUGUUUAUGGCAUGUUUCACGAAUGCUGAUGUCCUUUCUGCUUUAGGCACUUGGGUUGCUGCAAAUCAAACAAUAUAUUGUAAGCAAUGGGAUGGAUAUAUGCAGCAAGAGAUAAAAAGAACACGUCGUUUAUA